GGAUUUACGGAAGCGUCGUUCCAGGCGUGGCUGAGGAACUUCCUUCUUCUACAGCUGAAAAAUGACAGCGACUCUGCGCCCGUACUUGAAUGCUGUGAGGGCCACCCUGCAGGCGGCUCUCUGCCUGGAGAACUUCUCCUCUCAGGUGGUGGAGCGCCACAACAAGCCGGAGGUGGAGGUCAGGAGCAGUAAGGAGCUGCUGCUUCAGCCUGUGGUGAUCAGCCGGAACGAGAAGGAGAAGGUUCUCAUUGAGGGCUCCAUUAACUCCGUCAGAGUCAGCAUUGCUGUCAAGCAGGCUGAUGAGAUCGAGAAGAUCCUUUGCCACAAGUUCAUGCGGUUCAUGAUGAUGAGAGCGGAGAACUUCUUCAUUCUGAGGAGGAAACCAGUCGAGGGAUAUGAUAUUAGCUUCUUGAUCACCAACUUUCACACAGAGCAGAUGUACAAACACAAGCUGGUGGACUUCGUCAUCCACUUCAUGGAGGAGAUCGACAAGGAGAUCAGCGAGAUGAAACUGUCUGUUAACGCCAGGGCUCGUAUCGUUGCUGAGGAGUUCCUCAAGAACUUCUAAUGGCAGCCUUGUCCUGGGUCUCUGCACCCCUUGGACAGUCUUGAGGACCAAUCAGCACAUGAGCGGAGAACUAGAGGAGGACGCAUCCAGUCGACGUGGUGACCAGAGGGAUGUGACCAAUCUGACACCCUUUGCGCCCGUCUCCUGUAUUUCCCUGUAGUCGUGGAUAUCAAUUCCUGUAUAUAAUGAAAUAGUAAGUUUCAUUUUCAGCCACUCUGAUCAAAUCCCCAAACAAAGGCGGGUCCUUAAAGUAUUAAUCCAGUUGAUAGCCAUGAUUACAGGGACGUCGGGGACGUGUAGUCGCAAAUAAAACGACCAGGUUUUUGUAUUGUGUGUGUCUGUUUCGUCAUCGUUGUUUCAAAGUUUGUCUAUUAAGGACGUGAAUAUUUGAGUGUGGCAUUAAAUCAGAUGGAGAUGCCACAAUGACCCGUGUAAGAGAUAAUGAGAG